UCAAACAGGCGUGCGGGGAAUCCUGUCGAACUGGACAUAUAUUUUGUUUCGCAAUCUGGGAGAGAGCUGGGAACAGAGGGUUUGUGAGGCUAGGUAUAUAAGCCAGUUGCAAACCAGAGUCCUUGAGAAGGCUAUUGGGGAGUUUCGGAGAAGUAGCUGCAGACCCUGUGCUUGGAGCAGUCAGAAGGGAAGUUUCAGGCAGAGAUGACUCUUGCUCCCGAUCCAAAACUCAUCCAUGGGACUUUCCCUAAGAGAAGUGAGCUUCUGGAGGAAUUCAAAGAGGAUGUGAUUCUGGAUCCUGACACCGCGAACCCGUGGCUCAUCGUGUCUGCGGACGGGAAAUCUGUGCGAUCAGGAGAGAUACCACAAGAGUUCUUGCCCGAGAAUCCCAAAAGAUUUGAUCUUGCUCCCUGUGUACUGGGCGCCCAGGGGUUCACUUCAGGGAGACAUUACUGGGAGGUGGAGUUUGGGGAUCAGAGGGAGUGGGCCGUGGGGGUUGCCAGAGAGUCCGUGCAGAGGAAGGAAUGGCUCACUCUUAGCCCUGAGGAUGGGAUCUGGUCUCAAGGGCGCUGGUGGCUUCGGAGGGAGGCAUUCGGCUCCUCUGAGACCCUCCAACCCCAUAGUGGGAGGCCUGGGAUAAUCGGGGUUUGUCUGGAUUAUGAAGGGGGGCAGGUGGAAUUUUAUGAAGAUGACCAUACGACUAUAAUGUUGGCCUCCUUCAACGGGGAAAAAAUUUUCCCCUUCUUCUACUUGGGCGGAGGGGUCCACCUCACACUGAUCCCUUGAGGCUUAGGGGGGAAACAUCCCACUGGGACCCCCUCCCCCCAUGAAAUGUGCCCCUCUCUCUAGCCAUUUCCUGCACCGCCUCCCCGAGCCUCUGCAGCCUUGUCUACAUGCAGGCUUUGCACCAGGGUCUGAUUUAAUUUGAACCUGGAGCAAACACCAGUCUGGAUGAUCUUAAUUUGGUUUAAGAGUGGUGUGGCUCAAUUUUAAGUGUUGCCAGCACACGUGGUUUUCUUGUGAUUGUCAUGAUAUUUGGUGUUUUUUUUCUUAUGAUUCCAUCGGA